AUGACACUUCUCAUCGACCUGCUCCCUCCGAUACCUUCGCUGCGGUUCUCGCCCGAUGGCGCCGCCUUGCAUCUACAGUCCCGAGGCAAGCAGCCGCCAGCGAGGCUUCCGAGCAGCCCCGUCGUGCCCUCCCUCUCGCGCCUCGUGCACGGCAUCCUCUACCUCCGCGAUGGCAUGACCCAUACGCAGCGCGAGGAGAAGAGACUGCUUGACGAGCGCAGGCAGAUCCUACAUGCCCACCUGCAGAAUGCCGAGUCCUUCCGCCAGUGGGACGCCGCCGCCCACGAGCUCGAUGUCCUCGAGGGCAAUGAGGCCUGGAAGGCCGACACAUCAACCGGCGACUACAAUCCCGACCUGCUCGAGGCCCGUUUGCGCGAGCUCGACCGCGCCCGCACCAACUGCGAUAUGCGCGCCAUGAUGCACCUCGUGAGGACCGCCCUCUCGCGUGAUCUGGGCGGCAUGGGCAACAUAGACCUCUAUCGCCACUCCUACUGCGGUACCAAGAAGCUGAUCGAGCGUUAUGUCGACUCUACCCUGCAGACCAUCACCGCCCUGGUCGAGAGGAGCGCCCGCCACCUUACCGACGACCUAGGUCCCAAGGACCUGCUAGAUGCCAUGCUGUACGCUCGCCAAAGCUUCGGCCGGAGCGCGCUUCUGCUCAGUGGAGGCGGCACUUUCGGCAUGACCCAUAUCGGCGUCAUGAAGGCCAUGUUCGCCGCCAAGCUGCUCCCGCGCAUCAUCUCGGGCGCCUCGGCCGGGUCCAUCGUCUGCUCCGUCAUCUGUUCCAGGACCGAUGACGAGAUCCCCGCCUUGCUCAAAGAAUUUCCCUACGGCGACUUGGCUGUCUUCGAGGAGGAGGGCAAUGCCGACGGCCUCCUGGACCACUUCCGCCGCCUUUUCACCGAGGGCAACUGGUCCGAUAUCAAGCACCUGACGCGCGUCAUGCAGCAGUUGCUCGGCGACAUCACCUUCCAGGAGGCCUACAACCGCACCAGGAGGAUAUGCAAUAUAUGCGUCUCCACCGCAUCCAUAUACGAGCUCCCGCGCCUCCUCAACUACGUGACGGCCCCGAAUGUCAUGAUAUGGUCCGCCGUCGCUGCCUCUUGCUCCGUCCCGCUCGUCUUCAGUGCCGCCGCCCUGCUGGUCAAGAACCCCCUGACCGGCGAGCACAGCCCGUGGAACCCGACGCCGCAGAUGUGGAUCGAUGGCUCCGUCGACAACGACCUGCCCAUGACCAGGCUUGCCGAGAUGUUCAACGUCAAUCACUUCAUCGUCUCGCAGGUCAACCCGCACGUCGUUCCCUUCCUCGCCAAGGACGACACGCCGUGUCUACAUCCCAGUGCGCGUCACCAGGCCGUAUCCCAGGACGAGUCUGAUUGGCUACACACCCUCACGGCCCUGGCCAAGAGCGAGGCAUUGCACAGAAUGCAGUUCAUGGCCGAGAUUGGCAUCCUGCCCAAUCUGGUCAGCAAACUACGCUCCAUCCUGAGUCAGAAGUACUCGGGUGAUAUUAAUAUACUGCCUGCCAUAGGCAUCCUAGACCUGCCGAAGAUCCUGAAGAACCCCACGACCGAGUUCAUGGUGCGCUCGUGUAUGCUCGGCGAGCGUGCCACCUGGCCGAAGCUAUCCCGGAUACGAGAUCGUUGUGCCAUCGAGCUAGCUCUCGACCAAGCCGUUCACGCAUUGCGAGCCCGUGUCGUCUUUAGCAAGAGUCAGGUGGACCUGCGAAGGAUGGCAACCGGUACCCUGGCCAAUGCCCACAGGGGAAGCCACGAACCGCUCGUCUCGGUUCCUUCGCAAGCCGAAAGUGCCGCUGCCAGGGAAAAGCCGAGGCAGCGCCAGCGGAGGUCCAGCGGGAGCAAUCUUUUGCAUCUGCCUCACCACGGUCUGGCACACGAGUCGCCAAACGAAGUAACAGACGUUGACACUGAUGAAGAAGAGCGGCUCGAAAUGACCUUGCGUCAUCCUCGUGGGAAACCCAAGAUGAAGAUCAAGAAACUUCCAAAGCACCAUCUGCUGCAGAGCGGUCCCAGGACCAGCCCGGUCUUGUCUUCCACUACUGAGACUGACUCGUUCGACUUUUCUCAGCCACUUGCGCCCAGCCGAGCCGCCGAGGGCUCGCUGUGGAAGAAAUCUCCACCGGCGAGCACCCUCUCGGCCACGUACACAGUCGGGUCGGACGAUGCCGCUGUCCACCUUGAUACCGAAACAGCCUCUAUGACGUCGCCGCAUCCGGCCGAGUUGGAGACGAGCGACCCACACUCCUCGGACGGCGACAUUGAUAGUCACAGUGAUGGCCGUAUGACGGACUCGGCCUUCAGGUCAUCCCAUACAUAUCAAGGCGAAACUGAAGGCUACAGCUGGGAUGGCUCAAUAGGCCACGUCGAAAUCGAAGGGUUGUCGUCGAAAGAUGAUGUAUUCUCUGUGCCUACAUGGGAGCGAAACGUGCGUUCUGGCUUGGACGACACGAUAGAUCCUGGAGCCGGUCUUUGGGAGUAA